AUGUCUGGUCAUAUCGGUGGUGUUCAGACACUAAUGCGUCAACAGUAUCCUUUUGCUUACUUUGUUCAUUAUGCAGCCCAUAGGUUGAAUCUUGUUUUAAGUCAAGCCGUAUCAUCUAUAUCCCCUGUUAAGGUAUUUUUUGCUAGUGUUGGUUAUUUUAGUACAUUUUCAACUAGCAGCCCACAUAGAAAAGCUUUCUUUAUGGCCAACAACAUCGAGAUCCCCAGUCCAGGUGAAACCAGAUGGUACUAUAGAGCUCGUACCAUUGAUGUCAUUUUUAAGAAUUACCAACAUCUUCAUGGUAUUUUAAAGAAGGUUAAUGAUAAUCCAUUUGGCUUGGAUGAUGACUCCAUAAGUCUGAUAGUUGGCUUAUUGGGGCAUCUUGACCGUUUUUCGUUUUGUUUCUUGCUCUGUCUUUUUUAUAGAAUUUUUGAGCAAUCCAGCAUACUUUAUGCAAUUCUGCAGGGGAGGGAGACCGACUUCAACUAUGGCAUGCGUAAAGUCAUUUCUGGGCUCGAUUCGAAAUGAUGUAGAAUUUGACAUGAACUAUCAAAAAGCUGUCGACAAGGCAGGUUCCCCUGUUACUAGAAUUGACCUGAAUGUUAAUUAUAAGCAAUUGUAUUUUCAAGUUCUAGACACAAUUGUAGGGAUGUUAAAUGAAAGAUUUAAAGAUAUUCAAAGCUUUGGAUUCCUUGAUCUUGUCAAUCCCAAGCUGUUCAGAAAUUGGGGAGGAAAGGUACCAUCAGAUAAAAUCGACCUUCUCAAGGAAAGGUAUGGACCUCUAUUUGACAUUCCAAUGCUUGAAAGCCAACUAACAUUUAUUUACAGGGACAGUGAUUUCUAUAAAGAAACUAGUAUGGCAAUUUUACAGUAUAUUUUUGAAUUUAAUUAAUAUGCAAUCUAGUUUGGCAGAAGUUGUCAAGCUACUAAAGAUGAAUGGUGUGUUUUCUUUGACUAGCGCUUCAGCGAAAAGGUCCUUUUCUUGCCUAAAGAGAGUAAAGACCUAUCUCAGAGCAACCAUGACCCAAGACCGUCUGAGUUCCCUUUGUCGGAUAUCUAUCCACAAAGAUAUAUUAAAGUCGAAGAAAGAUGCACAUACCCUGCAUGAGCAAGAACUUGUUAAGUUUGCUGAAAAGCCCAGAAGACAUGCAUUCCUUUAUAAGUAAAGGGUACCUGGAUCAGUUGGGGUGAUAACAACUCCAGUUCAUUGUGGUGACCCUAUUAUAAUUUCUGUCCUAUCACAUAGUUGGGGAGAUAUCUACUUAAUUGUAGCAUCCUCAUUAAAAAUUUAUAUUCUAUUCUCUUCAUAGUUGGGGAAAUAUCCACUUCAUUGUGGUGACUCCAUAAUCGAUUGUAAUGUCCAUAUUUUUCCUUAAUAGUUGGGGAGAUAGCCACUUAAUUGUGGUGACCCCAUUAUAAAAUUCAUAUUAUAUUCUCUUUAUAGUUGGGGAGAUAUCCACUUCAUUGUGGUGACCCCAUUAUAAAAUUCAUAUUAUAUUCUCUUUAUAGUUGGGGAGAUACCCACUUAAUUGUGGUGACCCCAUUAUAAAAUUCAUAUUAUAUUCUCUUUAUAGUUGGGGAGAUACCAACUUAAUUGUGGUGACCUCAUUAUAAAAUUUAUAUUAUAUUCUCUUUAUAGUUAGGGAGAUAUCCACUUCAUUGUGGUGACUCCAUAAUCCAUUGUAAUGUCCAUUUUCCUUAAUAGUUGGGGAGAUACCCACUUGAUUGUGGUGACCCCAUUAUGAAAUUUAUAUUAUAUUCUCUUUAUAGUUGGGGAGAUACCCACUUCAUUGUGGUGACCCCAUUAUAAAAUUCAUAUUAUAUUCUCUUUAUAGUUGGGGAAAUAUCCACUUCAUUGUGGUGACACCAUUGUAUGGCAGGGGAGAGCAGAGGCUUGAGACAAGUAUAGAAAACAUAAAAAUAUUUUAAAAAAACAAAUAACUAAAUAAGCGUUGGCAGGCUUUGACUGUCCAUGUCUGGCUGCUUGAUUCAAGCUGUCCUAGGCAUGCUGAUGAGCUCUGACAUUGAGCGAAACAGUCAAAAUGUAUAUAUUGUGAAUGGAGUUUCCUAUUUUUGUGUCAAUCUUUAUUGUUGUUGUCUGAAAUAUGCUAAAAUAUCCACAUUUUUUCCUUCAUUAGGUCAAGCUAUUUCCUGAAAUUUGAUGCUCAGAUUGCUGCAAAUAGUGUUUCUGGGAGUCUAUAUUUCAAAAAUUUUCCGGGGGGCAUGCCCCCGGACCCCCCUAGCAACACUAGCGCCUUCGGCGCUCGUUUGCAUGACCAGUUCCUUUCGCUUGGCUUCGCCACUGCUACGAAUACGUGUUCGAUCUUCGGGAGAGAUUAGAAGAGACCGUGAAGCUGGCACAAGAUGAACUGAAGAAGUCUCAAGUAAGAUAUCAGCGUCACUACAAUCGAAGGGCUAAGUCACGAAGCUUCAAAAUUGGCAGUAAAGUUUUACUUCUAUUGCCGACUGACAAGAAUUAACUCUUGUUGCAGUGGAAAGGUCCUUUCGUCGUUAGAGUCGAAUGUCGGAGUCAAUGAUUAUGGGAUCAAGGUUGGUGAUAAAGUAAAAACAUUUCACGCGAACAUGUUGAAGGAAUACGUCGAGAGACAAACCACGCAAGUCAAAGAGCGGGAAGAAGCGUUGCCAAAGAAGAGUGAUCGCGAGAUAGAAGGCAGUUCAGUCCUUCACGUUGCUGCGGCGGCUGUGAUUGAGCAAAGUGAAAGUGGUCCAGAAGGGGCCGUCGAUGACGAGAGCCUGUUAGAGCUUGGCACCAUGCAACCCAAAGAGACUGUCAGGGAUGUGACAUUCGGUCAACAGCUGAACGACGAGCAGAAGGUUCAACUACAAGAAGUAGUCAAACAGUACGAACAUGUCUUUACUGAUGUGCCCGGUAACGCUAAUAUUAUUGAGCAUGAAGUUAAACGUGUUUGA